AUGACCCUGUCUGGUGGCAACAGUGCCAACGACAUGUCCGGUCACACGGUGCUCACUGCCGAGGAUGUGGAUAUCGACGUGGUCGGCGAAGGCGAUGAGGGAAUGGAGCGAGACAGCGACUGCGACAGCCAGGGGGGCAUGCAAGACCGCUCGGAGGAGGUGGAGGAGAUAGAAGUGAAGGACAGGUCCGGGAGUCCCUGCGAGAGCGCCGGGGAGGGAGAGACCAAAGCGGACGGCACGGAGAGCGCGUCGGGUGCCAUGAGCAGCAAGCCGAAAAACAGCCUGGUGAAGCCCCCCUACUCCUACAUCGCGCUCAUCACAAUGUCUAUACUCCAGAGCCCGCAGAAGAAACUCACACUCAGCGGGAUCUGCGAGUUCAUCAGCAGCCGGUUCCCGUACUACCGAGAGAAGUUUCCAGCCUGGCAGAACUCCAUCCGGCACAACCUGUCACUGAACGACUGCUUCGUGAAAAUCCCCCGGGAGCCGGGCAACCCUGGUAAGGGCAACUACUGGACACUGGACCCCCAGUCGGAAGAUAUGUUUGACAACGGCAGCUUCCUCAGGAGGAGGAAACGAUUCAAGAGGCACCAGCCAGACAUCCUCAGGGACCAGACAGCCCUCAUGAUGCAAAGUUUUGGGGCUUACAGUAUUGGGAAUCCUUACGGACGUCACUAUGGAAUUCACCCAGCCUACACCCAUCCAGCGGGGAUGUACCCUUACAUGCACCCUGUAGGUCCCAUGCUUCCCCCAACUGUCCCUCUCUUGUCCUCCGCUGAGCUGAACAGAAAAGCCUUCAACUCUCAGCUCAGCCCCAGCCUACAGAUGCAGCUAAACAGCCUGAGCACCGCGUCUAUGAUAAAGUCCGAGCCCUCCAGUAGACCAUCUUUCAGUAUAGAAAACAUCAUCGGGGUAUCCACUUCCUCGAGUGCACAGACUUUCAUGCGGCCUCCGGUGACUGUUCAAUCGGCGUUGUUGAGCGCACAUGCCCUAACCAGGACAACAGCAGCUAUUGCACCAAUGCUUAGCAUGCCAUCUAAUAUCAUGUCGGGACAGUUUUUACCCUCAGUAACCGCAGUGUCCAAAUGGCCUCAAUAG